GUGCCUUCAUCGCAGUUUGUGCGGCACUUUUUACUCCCUAUGAACGGGGUAAAGUUCUUGCCGUCCUGGCGUCUAGCUGCCGUGAAAUUUUAGCUUUAGAACCUUUGUUUAGCGAAUUCGAUAUUAUAUGUCAUAACCCACAGUAAGUCUAGGCCUGUUUCCAUUUUUUUCGCUUGUCUUCAUAUCCACACACACAUACCAUCACCAGGUACACAGCUCUUCAUUUUUACGGUGAAGCAUUAAUAUGGCGAAGGGUUUGGAAUUUAAACUAUUCCAAAGUACUACAUUUUUAUUCUGAUUUAACCAGGAAGCUGCCCACACUAUUUAGUCACUUGUUAGGAAAGGGCUCACAAAGCGCAUUGAAAAGUGUAUCCGAUCGCUUGACUAAUGAUGUGUCUUUAAUUGAGUACUUACUCUCUGCUAAGCUAAUGUCGUAUUUAAGACAUUUUGUAUUUAUUUUUCCUUCUUGGACCACAACUAGACCAGUUAGCGUUAUUCCACACUUAUGGUUAACCAGGCCUGUCUAUUUGACUCAAUGAAUUUGACCUGGAUUGGUAACUAUCCUCGUUGUUGUAACUGAGGAAAGAAAAAUAGAUAUUUUAUAUCCUCUUUACUUAUUUCAUUUUCUGUUCCCAUAUUGUAUACAUUCUUUAAAAAUGAACAUGCAUCCUAUAUUGUAUUUCACCCACACAGCUUUCACAUGAUACAUAGAGGGAAACCCAUAUAUAGGUAACGCAAAUUUAUAGGCACCAACUCAUAGCAAAAUGACUGCAGACACAUUACCUACUUCUAUUCCCAUAUAUCUGCAGCGCUUUGAACCCAGUAGCCUCCCAAAGCACCGAGAACGUACCUUAACCGGACGUAGUAAUCGUCAAAGGUUCGAAGCGGAGCGCAUCCGAGAGCUUGAAAGGCUUUUUAUCAAGUCACGCGCUGCCACAUCUGAUGCGAAAGGCUCACGUCGAGGUCACCCUUUGUCUGUUGGAGAGGUCCUAUGCCGCUCCGAGUACGGAACCGUUGGACUCCCGUCCAUGGCCGCGCCUCUGCGGUGUAGCAUGACGAAGGGAACGACCAAAGUCCCCGACCUGCCCACGCAGAGGCCUUCCCAGGUAGUAAUUCCUGGGGAAGCACCGGACGCGAAUGGCGGAUCGGUCGUCCCGAAGGUCGUGAACAAAGAGGAGCCCAUGGUUGGGCCAAAGGAUGUAACCGAAAGUCAAUCCCCCGGCGGCCUUCCCCAAAGGCAAAGGGAAGAAAGGGGGUCGGCUGUGGGGAGGUUCAACCCCGUCCACCCCGCGGUUGUCACCCUCUUGUCGGACAACAAGCGUGGAAAAGGCCACACGAAGACCGCCGAGAGCUGCCUAAUGAGUGCGCUCCAGCCCUUACCCCCUCGGCCUACUUUGAAAGGGGUGAUCAACCGCCCCAACUGUGAUGGGGGCGCGACAGUGGGGGUGAGUUCGAGUGGGAAUAACGCGCUUCGCACGCCCGCCGACGCCGCGACUCGUGGAGGGGGGCAGUUGGAGUAUGAUGAUCCUCUGGUGAACCCGUAUUGUCGAAACGCCCUCGUGGCGCGGCACCAUCAGCGGGGUCGCCUUCAGCUGAGGGAAGGCGGCGUUUCCUCAACCCCCCUGGGAGAGGCGCCCCUCACGAGCACCACUCUCAAGCUCCAACGAGAGCUUCGCGCGCGUGAGGCGGCGUGGAUCGCUUCUUACAUGCCUUCACUGCGUCCGUAUGACGUCCAGCCCUGCCUUGGCCGCGUUGGGUGCACGGAUUACCACCCCACGUUCGACCGCGUACAGGCGGAUCCGUCCUCGACGCUUUACGCCGAUGCCGAUGCGCGCUUCCGGACGAUUCAAGAGUAUCCCCUCGACACACCUAAUUUCUGGCAACUUCAGCAGAGGAAGGAAAGACGGCAGAAGGUGCUGAGACUUCCAGACUCCUAG